AUCUCGAGCGCCUCCCUGAUGCUCUGAUCGCUUUUUGUGCUCGUCCGGCGUCCCCUAAUUCAUGUUGUCUUUAGUCAACGCUUGUCGGCCAGCUUCACUUAGCGACUGGUUCAUUCAGCUUCUCAAGUAUAGUGAGGAAGGGUGAAAAAAACGACUCGAAAACUUUUGCUCGUCGACAUCUUGACAGCAAAAGUUCUGCAAAGUAGUUAUUUGGAACCAGAGAUGUAUUAUUAUCGCUAUGACAACGCUGAGGUCAGCUGCUGCUACAAAUACCUCAUGUUUACGUACAACGUCAUCUUCUGGCUGGUCGGCGUGGUCUUCAUCGCCGUGGGUUUCUGGGCGUGGAGUGAAAAGGGUGUCCUGCUGGACUUGGCGCAGGUGACCCGUCUUCGAGGUUUGGAUCCGGUGUGGUUGCUGCUGCUGGUGGGCGCGGUCACAUUCAUCCUGAGCUUUGCGGGAUGUGUGGGAGCUCUGCGAGAAAACUUCUGCCUGCUCAAGUUUUUUUGCGGCAUCAUUGGCUUGAUCUUCUUGGUGGAGCUGGCGGUCGCCGUGCUGGCCGUGCUUUUCCAGAGUCAGAUGCGAGAAUGGAUCAACGGCUUCUUCCUAGCCAACAUCAAAGUGUACCGAGAUGACAUUGACCUGCAGAACUUGAUCGACUCGCUGCAGAGGACGAAUCACUGCUGCGGUGCACAACAUCCCGACGACUGGGACGUCAACGUUUACUUCAGCUGCAACGGAACGCAUCGAAGCAGAGAGAAGUGCGGAGUUCCGUUCUCCUGCUGCGUCGCCGAUCCCGCCGACACAGUGUUGAACACGCAGUGUGGCUACGACGUGAGAAAGAAAGACAAGGCAGAGUGGCCGGAUCAUAUUUACAUGAAAGGUUGCAUUGCUGCGCUGGAAGACUGGUUACCUGAAAAUCUUUACACGCUGGCUACCGUCUUUGUCGUCAUCUCUCUGCUGCAGAUGGUUGGCAUCUACCUGGCCAGGUCGCUCAUCUCAGACAUUCAAAAGGUCCGAUUCUCCAACUGAACCCAGCAGCGGCAGAUGUGGCUGGAUCUCUUGGGAGCUUGAAGACGAUGGAUAGAAAGACUGCUUCACCUCUGUGGUCCCUCCUCACUUUUGAUGGUUGAGCUGCAGCUGUUUUCCCCUUUUUGAUCUUUUCUCUACUCAGGCUUCCAAGUCACAAGACCACACAGUGUCGCUCCAAUUUGCAAACACGGUUGGCAACGUUAAAAGACAAACAGGAAGUGAAGGUGUGACAUGAUCUGUUGGUUUUUCACACUGGAUUCCUUGAACUCGCCUCAUGGCUGAACAACAACUAAGUGUGAAAGCGUUUUGCAUUAAAAAGUUAGAUUUUAUACACACUUUUUGCUCAUUGGUUAAAGUCUUAUUGCCCACAAUUGUCAUGGGGGGAGUUUGAGCGCCAUUGUUCCGAUGACCAACAGUCCGCCGCGCCUGGGGCGCAAACCCACGUGCCACGGUCAACGGCUUGGGAGCGCUGAGCGCUCAGCUGAAAGUCUGGGACGGAGAGCUAAGCGGUCAUCACUCUGCAUGAGGUUGUGCAAAGUGAGUAACGUUCAAUGCGCACAGCUCAAGCUGGCAUCUGUUAAAUGUUGAAAAUGAAAUGAUUUCAAUUGGUCCAAAAUGCUAGAACACGGGUGUCAACUCAAGGCCCUGGGGCCAGAUACGGCCGCCACCUCAUUUUAUGGCCCAUGAGAGCAAAUCGGCAAUAGUCAUCCCUCGCUAUAUCACGGUUCACCUUUCACAGCCUCACUGCUUCAUGGAUUUUUUUCACAGUGCAUUGUGUUAUGGCUUCAGAUGAAAAAGACACUACAGAGCGGAGUCAGGCCGCAGAGGCGAAUUAUAUAGUACGUAUCAAUGAUAACUACAGUAAAAUAUUAGUUUUAAUCUGGAAGAAAUUGUUUACUACUCUUUAUUAAAUAAAUGCUUGGGCCUGAAAAACAAGUUUUGCCCUUUGGUUUCAAUGUUAUACUUGUGUAAUAAUGGUAAAAAAAUAAAGUUUUCUACUUCACAGA